AUGCUUGGACCAAGUUCCGAUGGUAGUGCUGAUCUCCGGCCGAAAGGAAGGGGCCGACCUCAAAGGAUUCUUUUGGGUGUUUGGCCGGACGAGCAUAUCCGGGGUGUGAUUAGAGCGGUGGUAUUUCGCGACGGAAAUAUUGUGAAAGAGGAACCAACCCCGUUAUAUCCAAGUCUAGCGAAUUAUGCGUGCAAUGGACCAGAGGGCGCGGUAAGCCCUAGCGCUGCUGCGGCUGCUGCGGUUGCCGCGGUCGCCCAAGGUCUCCGACACCAGAUGUGCAGUAUGGUAGCGGCUGCCCAGUCUCAUCCUCACGAUAUGGUAGCAACGAAUCUUUCGGCAAACUUCCAGGCGGCCGUGCAAGUCAGUCAACAUCACUUAAACAAUAAUAGCGGAGCAAGUAAUAACAAUAACAGCAAUAACAACAGAAAUUCACCUUUGAUGCUCGGACUACCAAGCCCGGGGUCAGGGGGACCACCAGAAAGUCCAAUGGAAGGGAGUCCAUUGGCGAGUCCACUGGCACCUUUGAUGGAUCCAGCUCACAUACCCAGUAGUGUUGAGGUAGGGAUCGGUAUCGGGGGAUUGGGCGGACUUGGAGGACUCGGUGCAAUAAGUGGGAUGCAUUAUAAGCCACAACGUAGUUUCAUGAGCCCACGACCUGAAAAUAUCUUCCAAGAAGACAUUGCUGAUUUGGUUAAAAGUCAACACGGGCACAAAGACAAAGACAAAGUCCCGGUUAAACUUGAACCACUCACUGAUUCUCGUAGUGAACAGUAA